AUGAAACUAUACCAAUUUUGCAAAAACGUUGCUCUCCAUCCCGACCAUACCGUAGUAUAUUCAGGAGUCAAAAAACACGAAGGCAGGGUUGUUGAUGAAGUAAACAUUGGCGCAUUCUUAAAUGCAAGCGCAGUAAACUCAGAGUACGUUAUUAAAGGUGAUAACACACCCAGAGUUAUCUAUCGCGUCUAUAAAUUGGACAGACCUGAACAAGAAAAAGACGUUAAAGGAUCAGUAUCGGAUUUUUGUAAUAUCAUCGACACUUUACAUAACAGCAAAAAGGAAAGCAUCUAUGAAAAAUACCUCAAAAAAUUCACCAGAAAAGCAUUUGUGUUUUUCGCAUGCCUCGACAAUUUCGACACUGACUGUUCUGGCGACUUUUAUGUAACCGAAAAGACACUCAAUUUUGACGACUUAAACCGGGGCGUUAGUAAAUGGAACUGUGUGUAUGAAAACAUGCUACGUGUGGAUAAGUCAAGUUUCUAUUUCAAAUUAGAGCAGUCUAUUAAGCCUAGACAAGCAAUGAUUUUUUUUUACAUGUAUUGUAUCAAAAGCUUAAUGUGUACAGGUUGUUAUCACACUUGGUCUCAUCAAGAUCUUUUAGACCUUUUGCAACACAGCCAGGCUUACAAAGAGGCAACAACAAUACCCCUAACGGACGAUGAAGCUUACUGUAUGCAAAAAAAAUUUAAAUGCUGCAAAUUAUGGACCCAGUUUAUAAACAACGAAAACGCCUUUGCCAGAAGGACACCAGGACUUCGUCAUUCAAUUAGACGACUGUUCUUCUCUUCCUGGUAGUUUUUUUAAUAUAUCUACC